AAUCGAGGGAGUUCUUAAAAUGGAAGUGAAAGUAAUAUCAAGGGAAUUGGUGAAGCCAUCAUCUCCCACACCUUCACAUCUCAAAAACUAUACAUUCUCUUACGUUGAUCAGAUCGUACCCAUCUCCCCUCCCUUGCAGACUCCGGCCAUUAUUUUCUACACUGCUAUAUCCCAAACACAAGAACAACCCCUUGAUAUUACAUGGCUCAAAACUUGUCUCUCUCAAACACUCACUAGAUUUUAUCCUUUAGCUGGUCGAAUCAAACAAUCGACCAUCGAUUGCAAUGAUGAAGGUAUACCUGUCUUUGAAACUCGGGUUAACUGCCCUCUUUCCACUGUCUUAAACUCCCCUGUCCUCUUUAAACAUGAGGGUUUACUCCAAAAGUUGUUCCCGCCUUCAGAAUCCUUGUGUAUUAUUAACAAGCAGCAGGAAAUCAGUGAGCUCGCUCACAUUUGCAUUCAGAUCAACGUUUUCACCUGCGGUGGCGUUGCGAUUGCAUGGUAUGAUAUCCACAAACUCACUGAUGGGAUCUCUGCUUUAACCUUCUUUAAGCAUUGGGCUUCCCUAGCAAGCAGAAGCUCUGAUGAAAACAAACUUAUACAACCCGAUUUUGGUGCCGGCAUCACUGCCUUUCCUCCAUCAGCUACUGCACAGCCGUUGUUGAUUGUGAAUGAAGAAGAUCAGGUAAAGCAACACCAUUGCUCUGUUGUAGUCAAGAGCUUCAUCUUCAGGGACGCUGCUCUAAGCAAGCUAAAGCUUAAGGCUGCCAGCCACCAGGUGCUUCAUCCUAGCCGUUUCCUAGCAGUGUCCGGUUUCAUCUGGGAGCAAGCUCUGCUGGCAUCAAAAACUUGCCAGAAGGACGAUAAAACCGUAUUUACUCUAAACAUAAAUGUGCGACCGAGGAUGAAACCCCCGCUACCAGAAUUCUCAAUAGGCAACCUAAUCACACACGCAGUUGCCUCGGCUCAGGUAAAGGUGGCAACGCUGCCAGAACUUGUUGCAAACAUUCAUACACAAGUUUGUCAAAAAAAGGAGGAAAUUGAGGAAUAUGAGGGGGAGAAAGGGGUGAAGGCUAUCCGUGAAAAUGCUGAAAAGUUUCUUAAAUCAUGUUCUGACAAUCAAGACAAGGCUUACAAGAUUACUAGCUGGUGUAAUGUUGGAUUCAGUGAUCUAGAUUUUGGGUUUGGCCGGGAAGCCUAA